AUGAGCUCUAAUGCAUCAUGUACCAACCACCACACUUUCAUUCUGAUGGGUAUCCCAGGGAUGCCAGACAAGAACCCAUGGAUGGCCUUUCCCCUGGGACUUCUUUACACACUAACUCUACUGGGAAAUGGCACCAUCUUGGCUGUCAUCAAGGAGGAUCCAAGACUCCAUGAGCCCAUGUACUACUUCCUCUGUAUCUUGGCCCUAACUGAUGUUAGUCUCUCCAUGUCCACCUUGCCUUCCAUGCUCAGCAUCUUUUGGUUCAAUGUCCCUCGGAUUGCUUUUGAUGCAUGCAUCACACAAAUGUUCUUCAUCCAUGGAUUUGGAGUGGUAGAAUCAGGAGUGCUAGUGUCCAUGGCCUUUGACAGAUGCGUGGCCAUUCGAGACCCACUACGCUAUGCUUCCCUUCUCACUCAUGGCGUCAUCAGCAAAAUCGGAAUAGCUGUCCUCAGCCGGGCAGUCUGUGUGGUCUUCCCUGUGCCCUUCCUUAUAAAGCAGUUACCCUUCUGUCGGUCCAAUGUCCUGUCUCAUUCAUACUGCCUCCACCAAGAUGCAAUGCGGCUAGCCUGUGCCAGUACCCGUGUCAAUAGCCUCUAUGGCCUCAUUAUCGUCAUCUUCACUUUGGGGCUGGAUGCCCUUAUCAUUCUCUUUUCUUAUGUGCUCAUCCUGAAGACUGUGCUGGGCAUUGCCUCCAGAGCUGAAAGGCUCAAAGCCCUCAACACCUGCCUCUCUCACAUCUGUGCUGUGCUCCUUUUCUAUGAUCCUCUCAUUGGUGUUACCAUGAUUCACAGAUUUGGGAAGCAUCUAUCACCAGUAGUGCAUACACUCAUGGCCAACAUCUACCUGCUGCUUCCCCCUGUACUAAACCCCAUUGUCUAUAGUGUAAAGACCACACAGAUAUGA